UAUAGAGUCAAUAAGGAUGCCAAUCGAGCUGCAUCGUGUUUCGUGCGCUCGCGACCGCUGAGCGCUGCCCACCUCGGUGUAUGUUUGGUGAGCCUUCCAAGGAUGGCUUCUAUCUUAUCGCAAAUUCGCCCCGGGCGUUGGCAAAAUGGAGCAAUGUCCAAGUCGAAGCACGUUCCGCCGCUAGUUCUGGAUUCUCCAGCGUGACGCGCAGUGUCCUCAGACAUACUUAAGACAUACUGUACUCAGAGCUCAGACUCAGGACUCGCAACCUCCACCCCCCUUCAUACACUCAUUCAUACAAUCCGACCGUAGCCUUCACCAUGAUCAGGCCGACGAACCAGAGAGUUUGGUUUAUUACGGGGACGUCGACGGGCUUCGGGAAGUACCUCGUCAUCUCUGCGCUGUCGAGGGGCGACUGUGUCAUUGCCACGGUGCGGAAGCUCGACGACUUCACUAUCAAGAACGUAGACCAGUCAAGGCUACACGUCAUCACCCUCGAUGUCACGGAUAGUGAAGAGAGCAUCCGUUCCAAGGUUGACGCUGCCGCCGGCAUCUGGGGUCGCAUCGACGUGCUCGUCAACAACGCGGGCUACGGCGUGAAGACGGUCAUAGAGGAGGGAGGGUCCAAAGUCGCCAUGACCCAAUUUCAGACGAACUUCUUCGGUCUCAUUAACGUCACCAACGCCGUGCUGCCAUAUAUGAGGCAACGCCGGUCUGGAACGUUGGUCGUUAUGGGAAGCCGGCUGGUCUGGCAAGCACACGGGCCCACCGAGGCAUAUUACAUGGCAUCAAAAGCCGCUGUCCAUGCUGUCACCGAGUGCUAUAGAGCGGAACUUGCAGAGUUCGGGAUCCGAGUACUCCUCGUUGCCCCGGGCGGCUUCCGCACCAACAUCAACAAGGAGAUCACAUAUGAGGUGGACCGUCCCAUCCCUUCAUAUGAGCCUCUCAAGCAGAACGUCAUGAAGAAGCUCGGCGGGCUCUUCGCCAACGCCAAGGGGGACCCUGUGAAGGGCAUGGAGCUCGUCGUGGACGUUGUCCGGGGCGAAGGGAAGGCUGUGGGCAAGGAGUUCCCGACCACCCUUCUUCUCGGCAACGCGGCAUAUGUACACGCGCAGCUGCACUGCGAGCGGUUGUCGAAAACGAUGGCGGAGUGGGAGGACGUCUCCCGCAACCUCGACUUCGAGGACGACGAAGGCUACGCCGCGGAGAGCCCGUGAACCUCGAUCCCUCGCGCCGUCGCUCAAUAGAUUACCCCCAUAGAGCUGCAUUUCCACCCCAUUCUUGCGGUCACUUGCGGUCACAUAGAGUAGAAUCGGGCAUAAUCGCAUAGACAU